UGUGUCUGUGCGUCUGUGUAACUCCAGGGCGAGGAUGCCCAAGUCCUAGAAAGGGAAGAUUUGGGGCUUGACUGCCCCCAGCCUGGCUCUCCUUCCUCUCCGUAAAGCCUCAAGGGGUGGCCAGUGGGGGCUUGGAUGCCCUCGUCCAUCUCAGCCUUCGAGAGGACUUCGUCCAUCCCGUGCCGAUUUGAUUUUCCCGAUGAGCUGCGCCCUGCCGUGGUGCGCGUCUGGUACUUCAACAGUCCCUAUCCCAAGAACUACCCCCCGGUGGUCUUCAAAUCGGACCACGUCGUCCACGAGAGCUUCCAGGGGCGAAGCCGGCUCCUCGGAGACCUGGGCCUCCGCAACUGCACCCUGCAGCUUACCCACCUCAGCCCCGAGCUCGGGGGCAAGUACUAUUUCCGGGCAGACCUGGGAGGCUACAAUCAAUACACCUUCUCCGAGCACAGCACGCUGGACAUCAUCAACACCCCCAGUAUCGUGGUGCCCCCUGAAGUCGUGGCGGGCACAGAAGUGGAGAUCAGCUGCAUGGUGCCCGACAACUGUCCUGAGCUGCACCCAACGCUGAGCUGGUUGGGCCAUGACGGCCUGGGGGCUCCGGCUGUGCUGGGCAGGAUGCGGGAGGAUGGGGGGACCUGGCUGCAGGCCUCACUGCUGCACUUCGUGCCCACUCGAGAGGCUAACGGGCACCGGCUUGGCUGCCAGGUCACCUUCCCCAACACCACCUUCCAGUUUGAGGGCUACGCCAGCCUGGACAUCAAAUACCCCCCUUUAAUUGUGGAGAUGAACACGUCUGUGGAGGCCAUCGAGGGCUCCCAGGUGAGCUUGCUCUGUGGGGCAGACAGUAACCCGACCUCUCUGCUGACCUGGAUGAGGGAUGGGGCUGUACUCAGGGAGGCUGUGGCCAGGAGCCUGGCCCUGGAGCUGGAGGACCUGACCCCUGAAGAAGAUGGCAUCUAUGCCUGCUUGGCUGAGAAUGCCUAUGGGCAAGACAACCGCACCGUGGGCCUCAGCGUCAUGUAUGCUCCCUGGAAACCUUCAGUAAAUGGAACCGUGGUGGCCGUGGAGGGCGAAGCGGUGUCCAUCCUGUGCUCCACGCAAAGCAACCCGGACCCUAUCCUCACCAUCUUCAAGGAGAAGCAGAUUCUGGCCACGGUCAUUUAUGAGAGCCAGCUGCUGCUGGAGCUGCCGGCCGUCACUGCCGAGGAUGACGGCGAGUACUGGUGUGUGGCCGAGAACCAGUAUGGCCAGAGGGCCAGCGCCUUCAACAUCUCCGUGGAGUUUGCCCCUGUGAUCCUCCUGGACUCCCACUGUGCCGCGGUGAGAGACAUGGUACAGUGCGUCUGUGCCGUCAAGUCUAACCCGGAGCCCGCCGUGGCCUUUGAGCUGCCAUCUCGAAACGUGACCGUAAAUGAGACGGAACGGGAAUUCGUGUACUCGGAACGGACAGGGCUUGUGUUUACCAGCAUCCUCACUCUUCGGGGCCAGGUGCAAGCCCCCCCCAGGGUCGUCUGCUCUGCUCGGAAUCUCUAUGGCACCAAGACCCUUGAGCUGCCCUUCCAGGGAGCCAACCGACUGAUGUGGGCAAAAAUCGGGCCAGUGGGAGCAGUAGUCGCCUUUGCCAUCCUCAUUGCCAUUGUCUGCUACAUCACCCAGACGCGCAGGAAGAAGAACAUGACUGAGAGCCCCAGCUUUGCAAGUGGGGAGAAUCCCCCUGUUCUGUUCAGCAGCGACUUCCGCAUUCCGGGGGUGCCUGAGAAAUCUGAGAGUGAGAGGCGCCUGGGCGCUGAGAGGAGGCUGCUGGGCCUUCGAGCGGAACCCCCGGAGCUGGACCUGAGCUACGCCCACGUGGAUCUGGGCAAGCGCCCCACCAAGGAUAGCUACACCCUAACAGAGGAAUUGGCUGAGUAUGCAGAGAUCCGGGUCAAGUGAGAGGCUGAGGGGCUGCCUGCCUCUUACCCUGCCCUCAGGACCCCCACCCCAGGAUCUCCCCAGCCACAGCCGAGUGUGGCGUCUAGGGCUAGCUUCUGGCUCCCCUUCCUCUCAUGGCAAAGUCAGGGGGGAAGGGAAGGGAGGGGACCUAGCGGUCUGGCCUCCCCCCAACCCCCCAUCCUCCUAGAUCCUGGUUCUGCCCUCUCCCUUCCCACAUCAUGGCUCCCCUCUAACCUCCAUCUACUUUGUUCAUCAGUCCAGAGGGGAGUUCCUGUCCCUGUUAUUUAUUACAAUGCCCCCCACCUUCUCCCUUUCUCCUCCGUGGCCCCAAGGUCUAUACAGAGGGAACACUCAAUAAAUGUCCUGGAGGCCA